AUGCCGUUCACUAAAAUUGCUUCACUCUUUGGAGCUUUAGCCCUGGCUUCGACUGUUUCUGCUCAUGGCUACGUGCAGGGUAUUGUCAUUGGCGACGAAUACUAUUCUGGCUAUAUCGUGACUCAGUUUCCCUACGAGUCAGACCCUCCAGCGGUCAUUGGAUGGGCAACUACAGCUAAAAAUCUGGGCUUCGUUGAUGGCAGCGAGUACAGUGGUCCAGACAUCAUCUGCCACGAAAAUGCAACCCCCGGAGCAUUAUCUGCCAAAGUUGCUGCUGGAGGCACCGUUGAGCUCCAAUGGACUGUUUGGCCUGACAGCCAUCACGGGCCUGUUAUUGAUUACCUCGCCAACUGCAACGGCAACUGCUCUUCUGUGGACAAGACGGCAUUAGAAUUCUUCAAGAUCGACCAACGCGGUCUCAUCAACGAUGCUGAUGUUCCGGGCACGUGGGCUAGCGACCAGCUCAUUGCCAAUAACAACAGCUGGACUGUAACGAUUCCAUCUAAGAUCACCCCUGGCAACUACGUUUUGCGUCACGAAAUCAUUGCUCUUCAUUCUGCCGGCGAAGAAAAUGGGGCUCAGAACUACCCUCAGUGCAUCAACUUGGAAAUUACUGGCAGCGGUACUGACAGUCCUUCGGGGACACUUGGGGAAAAGCUCUACUCCCCCACCGAUCCUGGCAUCCUGGUCAAUAUCUACACUUCUCUUUCCACAUAUGAUAUCCCUGGACCGGCACUUUACGGCGCUACAGCCACUGGCUCGGCGACUAGUGCCGCCGCUACCACUGUGCCAGUGUCUACCACUGCGUCAGACCCGGCAACCGUUGCGCCAGUCACUACAGCUGCUUCUACAGCUACAUCAAUCCCUCAGGGCGUGGUCACCACGCUGGUCACAACAACCAGACCAAGCACUCAAACGUCAACCCCUGGUGCUGGAAGCCAACCUGACCCAAAUGAACACCAUAGCCAUCCCCCUUCACCCUGUCACCUGCAAUGA